AUGACGGCUGCUGUCGGGAAUGGGUCUGCGGCCUAUCAGACGGAUGCGCUCCAGCUCGCAUGCUUCCUGGAGAACCUGAAGGCUGUCCUCGACCAGGGCAAGGAGAUCCAUGCGCGUCUUGUGGGACGCCUGGAGCCUGGGCAUGAUGCGGCCAAGGGAAGCUCCCCCAACCCAGCAGUACAGCACUUCCACCUGGCGGAAGAGCCCGAGCCGGGGCAGUGGGCGAAGGCGCCGCCCCCGCCCCUUGUCGAGUCUGCGGAGCCAGCGCGGAAGCCCAUGAUGAAGGCGGCACCGCCAGGACUUGCCCAAGUUACGGCGGCGGCCGUGCCACAGGUGAAGGCUCGCCCAACCUCGAAAGCGCCGCCACCAAAGGCGAAAGCACCGCCGGCUGGGUACAGGAUUGCGGAAGACGAGCUGGGGGCUGACACUGCUGGAGGGGAGGCAACCAGGGAGCCCAGGGAGCACGGCAAAGCUCCACCUCCGGAGCUGAGCACGGAGGCUGCCGCCCCUGGUGCCAAAGGGACUUCGGCAGAUCGGACUGAGAAUCCCGCGAAGGCGAAAGCGCCACCCGCCUGUGUGGUGGCGCCCGUGGAGAAGGCACCCCCCGCAGAGUUGCAGGAGCCGCGGCCUCCAUCGCCCGACCGUGGCGGAGGCGGCAAGGCAACAAGUGCUUCUGCACAAGCUUUCUCGAAAGCACCGCCACCGCCAUUGCUGACCGAGCCCCAGGAGGAAAGAUCGCCGGAAGCUCGCCCUGUAGCAAAGGAGGGCGCGGCGCUCAGUCCACCAGUGAAGCAGCCGGCAGUGAAGGCGCCGCCGCCGCCCUUUGUCGAGGAGGCGCAGCAGCAACCAUCUGGGAAGGCGCCGCCGCCUUUUCUGGUGGAGGAGUCGCCUCCCAGCCCACCAGUGAAGCAGCAGACGAAGGCCAAGGCCCCACCGGCUUUUCUCGCGGAAGGGCCCUCAUCCAGCCCGCCAGUGAAGCAGCCAGCGGCAAAAGCCCCGCCGCCGCCGCUGUUGGAAGAGGAGAGCCCGCCGGCGAAGCAGCUUGCGACAAAGGCACCGCCGCCUUUGCUGGAAGCUGCAGACGAGCCGGCAAAUCCGCCAGUGAAGCAGCCGGCGGCAAAGGCGCCGCCCCCCUUCCUUGCGGAGGAAGAGCGACCUUCGCAACCUGGCCCGCCCGCGAAACAGCCGCCGGUGAAGGAGCCUGCGGCAAGUCCGCCAGUGAAGCAGCCGGCAGCAAAGGCACCGCCGCCUUUCCUCGCGGAGGAAAGCCCACCAGCCGGUUCCUCACCAGCCGAGCAGCCGCCAAUGAACGAGGCGACCCCCGCUGCAGAGACGAGCUCAGCAGAGGAGCCGGCAGCGGCGAAGGACGAGCGGCCGCCAAGUCCGCCAGUGAAGCAGCCAGCGGCAAAGGCACCGCCGCCCUUCCUCGCGGAGGAAAAGCCACCAGCCAACGCCUCUCCAGCAGAGCAGCCACCGGCGAAGGAGGGGACGCCUGCUGCGGAGACUAGCCGUUCUCCAGAGGAGCCGCCAGCGGCAAAGGACGAGCGGCCGCCAAGUCCGCCAGUGAAGCAGCCAGCGGCAAAGGCACCGCCGCCCUUCCUCGCGGCCGCUUGCCUGGAUGGUAAGAGGAAAGGUCACCAGCUAACGUCUCUCCCGCAGAGCAACCGCCGGCGAAGGAGGGGACGCCUGCUGCGGAGACUAGCCGUUCAGCAGAGGAGCCGCCUAACCGUGCAUGUGACGCAGCCCUUGGUCCUUAAGGAGGGCGAGGUCGGCCAUUCAGCAGAAGAGCUUCCAGCGGCGCAGGCGUUGGCACCCAGCAGCCCAGUGCUAGCGAUAUUGUCCGUCUUUGUAAGUGUGAAACGCAGGUUACUGAGUGUCUUCACUGGGCAAGAUGCCUGGCAGCUUUGCAUCAGAUGCAGCCGAUGGGCGACCCCAGGCGACGCGGACAAGCUGAGAAGUACUACCACCGACAGCCACCCCGAGGGCGAGAGAGAGUAUGGAGAUGUGCUUCUCCAAGGCCUCCCAGCCCACAAGAUCGAGCUGAAGAGCUUGCUGCGCGUUCCGCGAAAAAGGUCAGUCAGGCCCAAGAUUGAUCUGACAGAUAGCAAUCAGGACAUUCCUGUCACCCCACUGCUCUCCACAGCCAUGGGAAACAUGGGAUCCUACAACAUGUCCUGCCCUCCGGGGGGCACGGUGAUUGCGCUGCAGGAUCCGCAGGAGUGCUUUUCUGGCAAGCCCACCUGGAAGGAGACCUCAAAACCUCAGACACUAGCGGCCUUGCCGGAGACCGUGUGGAAGGAUUUUGCGGGGAAAGUCAGCGAUGCUUGUAACAGGUGCUGGGACGAACGGUUGCCCUUUUGUGGCCUCAUCUUUAUCAUUUUCCCCUUCGUCAAUGCCUUCUCCAACAUCACCAGCAGCUCUAAUUCUGAUUCAGUCGGUAUAAACCUGGGCAUGGUGAUCUCCAGCUUCUGCAUGCUGCUUGCUUUCCUCACCAUCCUCGGUGGGCGCUUCGCCAUCAGCAACCGAAACCAGAGUCAAGACAUGGUCAUCCGAAUGGCUUGCCAGCAGUUGGUCUCGUCGUCGCAAGGCGCCUUCGCGGCCGAGUACCGCACAAUGUGGACGGGCCACUGCCGGCCGAAGGGGGCCAGAGUCAUGCGGGUCAUCGUCAUCUCCCCCGCCACCGGCUCCGCUGCAGCUUAUGCACAACCCAUCAUGGUCACCGUGCCCCAGGGGGCCACUGCAGGUGCAACGCUGCAGGUGCAGACCCCCAGUGGCCUGCAAAGCGUAACAGUGCCGCCCGGGGUUGCUCCAGGACAAACCUUUUCCUUCACACCCACACCAGCUGUUGUGGCUCCUCCGGUGGUGGUCGUUCAAGCUCAGGUGGUUGGUGGAGCUCCUUUGGGGGGUACCGUCGACGCUGCACCUAUGGCCUGA